AUGCGUUUCACCUCUUCUUUCGUGCUGCUGGCGGCUCUGACCAGUGGUGCUGUCGCUCGUCAUGGUCACCGUGUCCGCCAUGAAGGCCAUAUGCGUCGCCAGGCCGAGGAAGUAGACACGACUGUUACUGUCACGGCCCAUAGCACGCUCACUUACUGCCCGUGUGAGGAGUCUUCCUCGUCGAUCAUCCCAUCGUCCUCGUCUACCCCAACUCCCAUUGCUACUACGACCUCUAUUGAGAUUUCUACUUCUCUCGCACUACUCAGCCAGAUCGUGGUGCCUUCUUCUUCUUCUUCUUCUUCUACUACCCCAGUGGUCGUGGUACCUACCACUACUGAAGUGCCCACUACUACGGAAGUGCCCACUACUACUGAGAUCCCUACCACUACCGAGGUCCCUACUACCACUGAACUUCCUACCACUACCGAAGUCCUUACUUCAACAUCCACCUCCUCGUCCUCCACUAGCACCAGCAUUGCCUCCACCACCUCCUCCGGUGCCAGCGCUGACUGGAGCACUGUUCCCUCCAGCGGCGAGUUCUCCUCGUCUGGUUUCGGCGCGAGCACCAAAUCUAGCGGCUCCGGUGUUUCCUACACUGGCAACGUUGGCAGCCCCUAUGGCAGCAACAUUAUCGCUGUCGAAGCUAGCGAGGCUAGCAGCUACAAGUAUGUCGUGCAGUUCACCGGUUCCAACACAGAGGACUGGUUCGUUGUGAUCUGGAACAAGAUCGGCAAGGAUGGCAAGAUGGACGGCUGGUACGGCAACGCCUGCCACUCGUUCUCCAUUGCUGCCGGUGAAACCAAGUACUACGCCUUCGACGCCGACUCUCAAGGUGGCUGGGCUGCCGCUAAGGGAUCGUCUAUUCCCACCGAUGACUACGGCGGUUAUGCUGCUACCUGGGGUGAAUUCGACUUCGGCUCCACUAAGAACUCUGGCUGGUCCGGCUUUGAUGUCUCCGCCAUCCAGGCCCAGAACGCCAAGCUUACCGUCCAAGGAAUGAAGAUCUGCAGUGUCUACAAUGAUUCAACCUGCUCUACUAUUACCUCUGGACUGGCUUCCGUUGUCAAUGCCUACACAAGCGCCUUGGCCUCGGCGGAUGGCAUUGGUGGAAACCUGAAUUCUGGUGCCGUCCGUCUGGCUGUCACUCUCGACUACAGCUCUUAA